AUGUCAACUGAACGCAGUCGACCAAUUAGUGUUUCCAAUACCUCUACCACCUCUACUGGUACCACCACAACUACCUCUGGUGCUGUUACAACUGCAACUAAUAAUGAUAAUGAUGGUAAUGAUAAUAUUUUGCCUACUACAUCUUCAAGUAUAGUUGCUUCCACCUCCACCUCCACUUCCACACCUACUCUUACACAACGAGAUGAAAUUAAGCAAGGACGAAAAAUUAAAAAAAAUCGAUCAUCUAUUCCAAUAUCAGCAUCUCUAUCAAUCUCAAAUACAACCACUACUAUACAAGAACAUGUAAAAUUGAUUAGUUCAGAUGGAUUCGAAUUUUUGAUAGAAAAAGAUGCUGCAUUUGUUUCACCAACUAUGAAAAAUAUGUUAUCAGGACAAUUUAUAGAAGCACAACAAAAUACAAUUCAUUUUCCCGAAAUCAAAGCUGUGGUUCUUGAGAAGGUUUGUCAAUAUUUAUACUACAAACUUCGAUUUCAAAACAGUGAAAGAGACAUAAGAGACAUACCACCAUUCGAUAUUGAUCCUUAUAUGGCAUUGGAAUUACUUAUGGUUGCUGACUUUUUACAAUGUUAG